AUGAAAGCUGCGCCGAAGCCAAAACAGAGACGUUUGCUUCUCCUUAAGCAGUGGAAACUGUUAGAUUUUGCUGAGCUCAAGCGGAGUUCUAUUUCAUUCUUUGACAUGAAAGAACAUGAAUCUGCCAAUUCUCGAUGGUCAAGAGCAAGAACGAGAGCUGCAAGGAUUGGAAAAGGUUUAUCAGAGAAUGAAAAUGCACAAAAGCUUGCUCUGAAAUACUGGCUUGAAGCAGUAAGUGAUCACACGUUAGAUGUAGGAGAAGGCAAGGAAGUGAAUCUUGAAAAAUGCCCUCGACCAAAACUUCAAGAACAGUGCGUCAAGUAUCUUGGUCCGAUGGAAAGGAAGGCAUAUGAAGUUGUUAUAGAGGACGAGAAGCUCCUCAACAAGGAGUCAGGGGAGCUUCUCCACACCACAGAAGAUGCUAAGUGGAUUUUUGUUCUCAGCACAUCAAAGACCUUGUAUGUUGGCCAGCAGAAGAAAGGCACGUUUCAUCAUUCUAGCUUCUUGGCUGGAGGAGUCACAGCUGCUGCUGGUAGAUUAAUUGUUAAAAAUGGCAUUCUUAAGGCAGUUUGGCCUCGGAGCAAGCAUUAUCGGCCUACAGAAGAAAAUUUCAAGGACUUCCUUACAUUCCUCGGACAGAACAAUGUGGAUCUCAGUGAUGUAAAGGUUUUGUGCUUGAUUGUAUUUAUGCUAGAAUUUCCAACAAUGGACAAACACCAGGCAGCUUUAAGAUUGCAGAAAGUGUAUAAAAGCUUCCGAACAAGAAGAAAACUAGCAGAUUGUGCAGUUCUUGUUGAGCAAAGCUGGUGGAAACUGUUAGAUUUUGUUGAGCUCAAGCGGAGUUCUAUUUCAUUCUUCGACAUGGAAGAACAUGAAUCUGCCAAUUCUCGAUGGUCAAGAGCAAAAACGAGAGCUGCAAAGAUUGGAAAAGGUUUAUCAGAGAAUGACAAAGCGCAAAAGCUUGCUCUGGACUACUGGCUUGAAGCAGUAAGUGAUCACACGUUAGAUAUAGGAGAAGGCAAGGAAGUGAAUCUUGAAAAAUGCCCUCGACCAAUACUUCAACGCCAGCGCAUCAAGUAUCUUGGUCCGAUGGAAAGGAAGGCAUACGAAGUUGUUAUAGAGGAUGGGAAGCUCCUCUACAAAGAGUCAGGGGAGCUUCUGAUCAACACCACAGAAGAUGGUACGUGGAUUUUUGUUCUCAGCAGUUCUAAGACCUUGUACGUUGGCAAGAAGAAGAAAGGCACGUUUCAGCAUUCUAGCUUCUUGGCUGGAGGAGUAGCAACUGCUGCUGGUAGAUUAAUUGUUAAAAAUGGCAUUCUUAAGGCAGUUUGGCCUCGCAGCAGGCAUUAUCAGCCCACAGAAGAAAAUUUGAAGUACUUCCUUACAUUCCUCAGACAGAACAAUGUGGAUCUUACAGAUGUAAAGACAAGUCCAGUGGAUGAGGAAGACAACUUGCUUGACAAACAAAGCAACAGCAAACGUUUUAGAAAGGACAAGGACUAA